AACCAACUACUAUGACGGUUUUUGGUGUUGUUAGGAGUGUGAUAGCAAUCGCUAUCAGCCUUGCUACCGCCGAUUUGGACUUCGCGAAGCAGGUUAGGGAAAUGCUAGACUAUAUGAAAUAUAUCGAUAACUGUGAUACUCUUGGUCGUAAAACAAACCAGUCGGAUAUACACAAGGCUUUAGUGUCGGUUUAUGGAAAGAUUCUGGAAUUUUAUAGCGUGGCACUCGAUGUCUUGACAAGAAGAGGACUCAAGUUGUUCCUAACGAUGAUUUGGGAGAAGGAGCACUUACUAGAAAUCGUUCAGGACUUCUUGAAGCAUGCCAACAAUCUUGGCCGCCUUGUUAACAAAGCCACAUUGCAGAUCACAAUAGACAUUAAGGAAAUUCUUACACAACUCGAGAUCUAUUAGUGGCUUGGCAAGGACAAGAUCGACAACCAGGCUGAGCGCCAUGCUUAGUUGCACGAGCUGCGUCGUCCAGAAUCUGACGCUCAGAACUCUACGACAAUGAAAACCGUCUCACUAAGCGACCAAGCUUGCCAAUUCCUG